GUGUAACCAAAGGUUGGGCCUCAGGGGUCAGACAUGGGGCUCUGUCUCCUUGUCAGAUGUCCUCCUUCUAGUGGAAGUGAAAUAUGAUGUGGUGACUCGCUUGCUUUACACAGAAAUGCUUCAGGAGCACUACACCCAGAGUGUUUGGGAGAUGCUGCUUCCCUGGCAACAGAGAAAGGAAGUGGAGGCACUGGAAACUAUGGCCGAGGAAGUUUUGCAGUCUGCUGACAUGCUGGGCUUGGUUUUCCUGCCUGGAGCGUUCAGGAUAUACAAAACAAGAUGUUCAGAGUUAAGGGAAGAAUCAUGUUCAGCAGUUGCUCUCCUGAAUGAGUUGCACACUUUUUGUCAACAAGAACAAAAUCAGCUGACAGUCCUGGGUCAGAGACUGUGUGACAAAAGUUUGAGGCUUUUGUGUCUCCAUGUCUUUCUGGCGAUUUACAGAGCUCAGAGGGAAAAACAAUCUCACAGAGCUCUGCUGGCAUCUCGUCAAUCCUGGGAGUCAUGGCCACAGGUUCUCAGUCCAUGUAGAGCAGAAUAUGUCACUCUGCUGCUACAGAAUGAAGACAAAGGAGAGGAAGGAAAGGAGGACUUGGAAACAACACAGCAUGUAUUUCAAACUACAGACAACAGAUAACUUCUCUCUAUUGUUUACUUCAAGCAUCUGAAGGACAGUUGUUUCUUUAUUUGCACCUUUGAUAUCAGCUAAAGGUCUAUUUUUGUAUGGAUUAGUUCAACAUUAAUGGUUUACACAAUGUAAGUCUUAUCUCUAGAUAUCAUCAGGAAGAAUGUUAUGCUUUGUGGGGUGCAAGAUUUGUCUAAAAGAAAGUGCUGCAGAUUAUUUUCUUAUCAGUAACAAAACUCAAACUUUAUCAGAGGACAGAGCUACAGCUACUUGUGCUGACUCAGGAAAAGGAGAGGAAGCAUCUGCUCACGUUGCUGCACAGGAUCUCCCUAGAGGAUUUACAAGAGGCAGGCUGCGCAAUACCUCCAAAAGAUAAUGGUGGCUUUGAUGCCGACCAAAUCUCCUUGAGGGCUGGAUGCAUAAAAAGACUAAAUCAAAUCCAUGCUCAGCUUCAGACACAGAAUGGAAGCGAGAACAGCUCAAAGCAAACCAGCAUUCAGAUGCAGGGAAAAUGGUCGCAAUCUCUGCUGGAGGACUGCAACCUGCUCCUUCUGAUGCAUCUGAUGGAGCUUCAGGAGGGCCAAGCUUCAGCACUCCUGCAAGUGCUCCUGCAUCGGAAUUCACAGGCAGCCCAAGCUCUGAGAGAAAAAUAUGAAGGUGAAUUACAAACCCAACGCUUCUCCAACCUGCUCCAUCUCUUGAUGUCUGAUGAUCCUCUAAUCCCUGGCUCUAAGUUGACUGAAAACAUCAACAAUGAGCAGAUCACACCUGAAUCACCCUGCACAGAAGAAGUUGAAAACAUUUAUGCAGAAUCAGUUCCCACUACAACUACUGACUUAACUAAUGAACACAGCAGGGAGCGUGUAGAAGUCCCAACUCCUGGAGGUUCUGCUAAACAAGAAGUCUGCUCAGGUUGUGGGGCAAUCAUGGAGGAGCUACCCUAUUUGGAGAUCCUGUGUGUGCCUGAUGCGCAGGCCAAUGCUCCAAAUCCAGAGGCUGGAGAAGGUAGGGAAGAAGAAAUAAACACAAAUCUUGAGAGUUUUGAUAAACAGGGAUCCUUGAUCCCCCUUGCUUGGAGCAAACCUCUGGAGGAUGAUGCAGACCAUAAGGCAGAGGAGGGAGAUGGAGAAGCUCAAAAGUGUCAGGACACCCUGAGCAGUCUAGGAACCCCAGCCCAGUCCACGCAAUAUGAUGAGGAUCAAAAGAGAGACAGCAAACAGGUGGACACUCUGGCUGAGUAUGAUACACAGUUUGCAGAUCAGCAGUUGAAGAAAGUAGAGAAUCCAAUCCCAGACCAACCAAGUGAAGGAGAAGCUGCAACUGAAAUUGAUCCACGCUCACUUGCAGAAAACCUGCUGGAGGUACAGCCGCGUGUUUCUAGGGAUUCCUUCGGCUGCAUUGCUGAUGGAGCAUCUGGUCACAUGGUCAGCACCAGCAGAGAGAUGAACGAGUCUGAACUCUGGGACAUCGGAGGGUCAGAACUCUCUGAUAAUGAGGAAAUGAUUCAUUCUCAAGAAUCAACACAGAUAGCGUCCAGUCUCUCUGGAAGAACCACGAUGUUGGAAACGGCUCAAUUGGAACAGGAAGAACUGAUGAGAGAUCAAGUGGCAGCAGUGGAAAGAGAGAGAACCAUGCGCAGCCUGGUGGACAUGCAAAGAAAGUUUGAGGAGAAACACCAAAGAGACAAAGAGAGACAGAUGUUUAGGGUUCAGGAGCGUCUCUCCAUCAUCCUCAACAGAAAAGCAGAAGAAGACCUGCUUGGCCUUAAACACACAGACAGGCUAAAGCAUCUCACGCAAGAUCUACCGCUGGAGGACAAGACUCAGCAGAAGACUGUUGUGAAAGAGCGACUGGAGCAACUCAGAAGAGAGCGCUCCUAUAUCAUGCAGUCAAAAAGAGAUAGGAAUACUGCAGGAUUUAAGGAACUUCUCGCUCCUGUUGCUGUGAACAACGAGAUGGAAGAUGAAGCAAGCUGAUCUACAGAUGGUUUAAGUUGUUUGGUCCUAGCGUUAUCAGUGUUAACGCAAAGUAUUAAAGAAAUAUUUCCGUGCCGUAAAAAAGCCUCACAAUGUCACUGAAUUUGCUUUUACAUAGCAGAUGCAUGGUUCAGAUUACCGUAAUUUAAUA